UAAUCUUGUUAGCCAAAUUGUUAAUAUCACAAGACACCAAGUUUCAAAGAGACAACACUGCCCGGCAUAAAUACUCAUUGCAAAUCUUCGACACUUCUUCAAAAACCAACAAAAUGUUCCAUAAACAGACUUACUAUUUUACAGUCCUCAGUUUACUUACAUUUGCAGCUCACAGUUUACCUACGAAACAAUGUGUCGGUAAAGCAGCGAACAUCAUGUUUGUACUAGAUUCUUCUAGUAGUAUAUGGAUUGUCGAUUAUAAAAAACAACUGAAAUUUGCUCAAAAUCUGGUGGAUAAUUUUGACAUUGGUACUGGUAAUUCUCAAGUUAACGUUGGCGCUAUUACUUUCAGUGAUAGAGCUCAUCUCGAGUUUUCUCUUGAUCGAUAUGCAGACAGCCAACAAGUGAGAAAAGCCAUAGAUAACAUUCCUUACAGAACUGGUCAAACUAACACAGCGGAAGCAUUGCGAGUUUUGAGAUCAGAACUGAAACCGAAGCUACAGUCAUCUUCAUCUCCUUUCAUUGCAAUUGUUAUCACUGAUGGUAAAUCACGUGAUACGAAAGCCACAAAAGAAGAGGCCAAGUUACUUCAUAAACUUGGAAUCCACGUUUAUGCUAUUGGUGUUGGAAGUAAUUACGAUUUGGAAGAAUUGAAAGCUAUUGCGAGUGAUCCCGUCAACAAUGUGUUUGAAGUAACCAGUUAUUCAGCAUUACAGAAUAUAGCGAAAUCUUUCGGAGUGAAAACAUGUGAAGCUAUAACAAAACCUCCUGUUGUUCAAGAUACAUCAGCCCACACAACGAAACAGCAGUUUACAACUACUACGGAAAUGAAGACAACCACUACAACAAAACAGCCUUUCACUACUACUAGAGCAACAACAACAGCAACAACAACAACAACAGCAGCAGCAACAACAACAACAACAGCAACAACAACAGCAGCAACACCAGAAAUGACUACUUCGGUUGUAACUGCAUCGCCAGCCAAAUCAAUAUCAAUAAAAACCUUUGUUUUUCCAGCAACAGGGAAACCAAGAACUCUGUUUUCUGAUAUACCACAAAGAGAUGAAUCUUCAUCUGUAACCUAUGGGUAUGACCUACUCUCUAUGGGAGCCUACAGAGCCAACAUGAUUACACAAUUUAUCAAUACUAUGCUGCCGUACACUGGAUAUGGAAAUUUCAGAGUUGUGUCGUUUGCCCACUGUCCGGUUAACUUCAAUGUUCCUACGACUUCACUGACUGGGAAAUCUUAUUCAGAAACAAGAAACAGUGUUAAUAUAGCUGUUCCCGGCUUGGCGAAUGUCAUACGUGAAAUGAGAAAAGGAAAUGAAACAAAAGACAGUACGACUACUUGGAAAAAGAACACAGCUGUUUUGUUUGUCGAUCCUUCAGUAACUGCGAUUACACAAGAAGUAUUAGAAGAAAGUGAAAAGCUUAAGAAUGAAGGCAGUAAAGUAUUCUUAGUGAAUGUAGGUCGUAAUAUUUGGCCACAACCUCAAUUACUGCAUUCAAUCAGCAGCCAACCUUACAACAGAUACAUUUAUAAUUUCCCAACUUACAAUCAAUUGUUAUAUACCGCUCACAACACACCGUUCAAGCUCAGAGCUAUGUGUAAAGGUUACCGGAACACAUAUUAACAUAGAUGCAGUAGUCUAAUAUAAACACUGUUUACAUUAUACAGUCACAUACACAUACAUUAUCGUGUACAGUCACACACCUGUUUAAUUAAAAUGUACAGUAGCUACAAAUGACUGCUGGUUCAGUCUGUAGCAAAUUCUACCGAAUAACGCUGUUUCUGGAGUGAUAAUCAGUCAUUGCUGAUUUUCAAAAUGCAGAUUUGGACACUAAAU